ACACAUAUCAUAUGUCAUAAUCGUGACUUUUUUGUUUGACAAAAAGCAGCAGUAAUAAAACAUUAAUUAAUUUGAACUUCUGUAGGCUCAGACAAACAAACAUUCAGCUGGUGAUUAGCGGCGGGGUCAAUGGUCAUUCGUACAAAUUCAUACGAAUUGGGCAACUGGGCAAUAUGCACGAUUCAAAAAUCGCAAUAAUUCGUACGAGUGAGAACAAAUGAAUUCGUACGAAUUAGCCACCUCGUAAAAUUCGUACGAAUUGCUGUGAGAAUAGUGUUGGCUGCAAUUAAUCGCACGACGGAGGAGAAUACACUGAACAGAUUUAAUGAUGAACAUCCAUCCAUCUAUCCGUCCGUCCGUUUAUUGAUCUAUCUGUGCUAAAGAUAGCCCAAUAUUUGGCAAGAAGCGUGUUUUCACAUGGUUUGUGCACCUCUAUACGUCCCGCCCUCUCCUACUCCUCAUCGCGUGCAGAACUCAAGACACUGCCGUUCUGUGUGCAUGUCUCACAGCGAGCUGUUCACAAACUUUGAAAAGGUCCAUGGAGGAGACUAGAGGCGGAGGCAUUGCUGAUGGGGAAGCUAUGGAGCCUGAGGCUCAGAAAGGGAGUGCAGAAAGCAGACCCCGGACCAGGGAGAAAUGGGCCAACAAGACUGAGUUCCUGCUGUCCAUGGCUGGAGAGAUUAUCGGCCUGGGGAACGUGGUGCGCUUCCCUUACCUGUGCUACAAAAACGGAGGCGGUGUUUUCUUCAUUCCUUAUUUCAUCUUUCUCUUCUUUUGUGGAAUCCCAAUAUUCUUCCUUGAGACGGCGUUAGGUCAAUACACCAGUGAAGGGGGCGUCACUGCUUGGAGAAAAAUCUGCCCCAUGUUUGAAGGCGUAGGUGUUGCAUCCCAAGUUAUAGUGAUUUAUCUAAAUAUAUAUUACAUUGUGAUCCUGGCCUGGGCUUUGUUUUAUCUAUUCAACUGUUUCUGGAGUACUCUACCUUGGACUUCAUGUGACAACUAUUGGAACACAGUGUACUGCCAAAAUAUAAGUGCUACAUACACAAGUCUGCACAGACCUGAUGCUGACUGGUCUUUCCUGUACAAUGAGACGUAUAGCUUUGGUGACAACAACAGCAUGAGUUUCCAAAAUGAAUCAGAGUGGCCAGCUUUUACAGUGACCUCCUCCGAACAAGAGUACUGGUUCCAUCGUGUGUUGCGGGAGAACAACAGCGGCGGUCUGGGAAGUGUAAAUGCGGAUCUUUCCAUGUGUCUUCUGUUGGCUUGGGUCAUCUGUUAUUUCUGCAUCUUUAAAGGAGUGAAGACCACAGGCAAGGUUGUGUACUUCACUGCUACGUUCCCCUACUUAAUGCUGUUCAUCCUUUGCAUCAGAGGAGUGACUCUACCAGGGGCUGCAACUGGGAUUUCAUAUUACCUGUAUCCUGACAUCAGUAAACUCUCCAAUCCUGAUGUAUGGUGUGAUGCAGGCACUCAGGUGUUUUUCUCUUAUGCCGUGUGUCAAGGAGUCCUCACAGCACUGGGCAGUUAUAACAAAUACAACAACGACUGCUACAAGGACUGUAUAGCACUCUGUUUUCUGAAUAGCGGCACUAGCAUCUUUGCUGGGUUUGUGGUCUUUUCUAUUCUGGGGUUCAUGGCCCAUCAGCUAGAUCUACCCAUGGAAGAGGUAGUAUCAUCAGGUGUUGGAUUAACUUUCAUAGCAUAUCCUCGAGCACUCUCUCUGUUACCUGGACCUCAGUUCUGGUCUGUUCUUUUCUUUAUUAUGGUACUCCUGCUGGGCCUUGACAGCCAGUUUGUGUGUGUGGAGAGUUUAGCCACGGCUCUCAUAGACCUGUUUCCUGGAGUUCUAAGGAAGCGGCGAGAGCUUUUGGUUUUGGGAAUCGCCGUCAUCUGCUUCUUACUUGGACUGCCAUUCAUCACAAAGGGAGGAAUCCAUUUGUUUACUCUGAUGGACACCUAUGGCCCGAGUGGAUUUAACCUGCUCUUUAUCGCCUUCUUCGAAACAGUUGUUGUUGCAUGGGUCUAUGGUGCAAACCGUUUCUACGACAACAUUGAAGAUAUGAUAGGAUACGCACCAUUCCCUGUGCUGAAGUACUGCUGGCUCUUCAUUACGCCUCUCAUCUGCGCCUCUACUCUGCUGUAUAGCCUGCUGGGGAAAUCUGUGUCUUCAGUUGAUCAAUUUGGGCCACAAUGGAGUUACAAGUUUGCACAUCUACUCACAGUCAUUCCUUUGGUCUGCAUCCCAAUCUUCCUAGUCAUCUCUUUAAUAAGGGGUCAUGACAUCAUCACCCCCUCUACUGACCUGAAGCAGCUCCGACCAAACAGUCCACGCCUCACACUGUUUAAUCGUGUAAUCAUUAAAGCACAGAAAUCGCAACACGUUCAGGAAGAUGGAGCAGAGAAAGCAAACACAGAACACACCAGUGGAGUUUGAGAAGGCAGAACAAGAUAGGACUUUAUACGUUUUAAAAAGCCUCAUAAUAAAAUGAGUUAAUUUAAAUAUAAACAGUUGUAUUGCAGUGUAUUAGAUUUUCCAUAUGAAAUAUCAGGAUGUCAAAUGAACACAAUUAGGUAAAUUUUUUCAUGUUUUUAAUUAUUAUAUGAUUUUAUUAUGAUGUUUUUAGGAGAACUAGUACUGUUUCCGUGAGUUCAAAUGGAAGGCAGUUUAAAACCAUUAAAUAUAUGUUGUGGAUUGGAGUGGAGUAAAAUAAAGUGCUAAAAAUAAAUAUGUCCGUUUGGGGUUUGACUGUUGAAGCAAAAUUACUAUAUUUUACUAUUACUAUUUUACUUUUAACUUUAGGUUUUAAAAUGGCCAUUCUAUGCAAUACAAACAUUUUAGUUAUUGGUAACUUUAUAUAUGAAAUUCAAUGUUCAUAGAUUCUAGAAUUCAUUUGAGUCUAAAUAUGUUCAUUUAUCUUUAUCUGUUUACAUUGUAUUUGUAUAUGCAUUUUCUCAUUUGUCUUCCUAUACCAUUCUAUACCAUUUAUAUAAGGAAUAUAAUAUCUGACACAUUUGAAAUGUAUCAUUUAAUUCAAAUUUAUUUCAUCCUGUUGCAUUAAAAAGUACUAAUCUUUUAUAUUUUUUUUAAUAAAACUGGAUAAAUUUGAUUUAAGACUUUGUCCCAUCUAUUCUUUGUUGCUACUAUAUUAUUACACUACAUAAGUGGACACCCCCUCCAAAAACUCCAUCUAACUAAGUGAUAAGAACAGUUUUAAUACAGGUGCACAUUGCUUGAAUAUUUGUUAAUCAUAAUUCCUGUACUGGGAGUUCAAUCUCUGUUUUUCUUCCAGUUGGUCAUUAGCUUUCCUCAUCCAUGUAAUCUGAAGGGACAUUCAAUUAACAGAUAAUGUCAUGAAAUGGCUUCGGGGUUUAUCAUGCCUGUCAUAGCACAAAGGUGGGGCUUAAUGGUGGAAUUUACUCUGGUGGACCAAUAGGAGGCUGCUCUCAAUGGGAUGAGUGUCUAGGAUUGUGAGAAGAUCUUAUGAGGCCCUACAUUGUGACACUUUUGUUAAAUGUGUGAGAGUAUGUGUGGAUCACAGUCUUGAUAUAUAAUCAUUCAUUUUCCACUAAAUUUGACAAACACCAAGUCUACAUUUUGAACAGUAUAUCAGUUGUUUCUUCCU